UCUCUCGGUCGAUAAAACAAAAUGGUGGACGCAUAGUACAACACGUGAGCUUUAGUUUGGCGUUUUGCUCGGCCGUAUUCUCGAUGGUGAAGAGGAAGAAAGAGCGAGAAAGCCCGGAAAAACCUGUGAAGGUUCUAAGGAAAGAAAAAAGUGUGGUAGGAGGCUUGGAGAUCACUGAGGCAAACCUUAAACCGUUUGUCGAAGAAGUUAAAAAGUUACUGCAAGCGUCAAGCACUUUGCUAGCGGGCUUGACGAGAUUGCGUGAUGCAUUCCGCUCUUCUUGUAAUGGUGAACUUCAAAGAGAGUUCAUUAGAGGGAAUUCACAAUGCCCUGAGCUGUUCAAAGUGUUGGACAAAGGGAAACAGCAAGAUAACCAGCUUGAGUUGCAAAUGGCUCUUGAAGUUCUUGAAUGUAUCCUACUCUCCACGGCUGAGAGUGAUAACUCUAGGGUCGGACUCCAUCUUGUUCAGCGCAUCAUCAGGAACAACCUCAAGCUUCUCUACUCCUGUCUCAACCCUGGCAAUACGCCCAAGAUGGUCAAGGCAGUUCUGCGCCUCCUUGUUGCUAUGGUUACCCAGGGCGGGGCAGCAGCCCGAGAGGUUCAGUCAACCUUUGAUUUUACCCUGAAGGCUCUUGGUGUGCUACCUCACAAACGAGACGCAAAGGACGCCCAAGAUGUCCGAACAUGCUUUAUACAUUUCCUUUUGAGUUUUUUUAUGUUUGGAGAUGACUCAGUCAUUAGAAACAUCCUUGGCUUAAAAAAGCUUAUACACCCUAUUUUUAAGGGGUUGGUCUCGGACACUCCACAAUUGGUUCACUUGGUUAUUUCUACCAUCAGACAGAAGGUGGUUUUGAAUACCGCAGUUCCCAAGAAAACAAAAGUGCAGUUCUUCAAUCCAGUUGCUCUUUCCCAACUAAUGGGACUUUACCAAUAUACCUAUGCAGAAGGCGGGGCAGAAGCCUCGGUAAGAGAAGCUGUUGACGCCAUCUUACAAGAUGUUUGCUGUACAUUUAAAUAUGGGAUCUGCUUUGCCAACAGUCAGGGCAUGCUGGCAAAAAGAUCAAACAACCCAAUGCUUCUGCAAUUCCUACAGUCCUUACCAAAGACCUUGAGUGGCCAACACACCCAGGAUCUGGUGGUAAAGAUCUUGACCUGCUGUCCAGAUCUCGUCAACCCUUACCUGUCGAGCAUGUCAAUAACAUAUGAGCCACGCCUAUCCUUACCCUGGAUUACCAACAUGAGAUUUCUAGUAAAGCUGUUCAAGUCCCUGCCAUUACCAUCUGUGAUGCUGAGUAGAUGUGAGAUGGAGUUGGAAACAUCUAUUGUCCCAUCUCUAUUGAGCGCAGUCAUCCCAUGCGGAAUAACUAGGACCAUACUUAGUCAUGGUGUGCAGCAUUCAAGCCCUAAUGUGAAGCACCAAAGUCUCCAAGUUUUACUCCUUAUCCUUGAGAGAUCUUUAGAUGUGGUAGAUGUUAUUCAAAAUCAUUCCAAGUCUCAUCAAUCAAACAAGAAGGCCCCCCUCCAGCUUUUCCGUGAGGAAUUAUUGAAAAGGAUUCCCGAUGUAAUGAUACUUAUCUCCUUAAGGCAGAAUAUCAUGCAGGGAAAGACAAAAAGUAAUCCCACUGGAGAUAACCAAGGAGGAGAACAGAAUGGAGGGGAUCUUUUGACGCAGGAAGUGCCAUCAAAUGCUAUUCUGUCACAAGCACUGCAAGCCAUGUUUCUGUAUCAAGAGCUAGAGCCAUCUGUGCUUACAGGUGUAGGGUUCGAUCUGACCAAGCUGUUAUCAGAGUGUGAGAACGUUCCCCCUGAGAUACAGGACCUGACACUGAAAGUCUUACUGAUGUCACAGCCUGGUGUAUGUCGAUGGUAUCAACAGAACAAAAAGUCUCCUUCAUGCAUUCACCAAGUCCUGAAAAUACUUUUGGGUGCAGCAAACCAGCAGACAAGAGAUCUUGCCAAAAGGGUCAUCAUGAAGUUCCUGCAAGACUCAGAACUUCUUGGCAAAGAUUCAAAUGAAAUGGAUAUCUGGUUAAAUCAUCUAACGAGCCAGGAGUAUGGGGUUGACAAGGAGGUAGUGCUGAUGUUUCUAGACGAAGUCUGCAGUUCCUUGGCGGCUGAACCAUAUACCUACAUAGAUGUAAUGACCGAGGCCGUAUCACAGGCGGCGGAACGACAGGCCAUGGGCCAGACGGGAAUCAUUAUGGCUACCCAUGAUUCCCCCGUUGCAGGGUCAAGGCAUUCAUUCAGCUCACUUGUUGUGGCGGCCCUACAGAUUCAUAGGCAGGCUGUAUUGAAGGCAACCGACAAUGCGACACUCAAUGAUCAUCUCGUAAACCACAGAUCAAUCGCAGCAUACAUUAACCUCGUAGUGCUGGACAUUCUCCGCAGUAUGAUCGACCCACUGCCCAUUUGCAUUGUGGUCAACCGUUACUAUAGCAACCUCACAAAUGUAUCCUCUUGCCCCACCUUAACAACCCUCCAUCAGUCGCUCCUGAAGCAUGCGCGUUACUGGAGUGGAGAGGACAACGAAGACUUCCCCAUUGAGGCCGACGCUGGAACAAAUGCACUGAAAUCUCUAGAGAAGGCAAUUUCUGGAGAAAAAGGUGAAAAUUUCAGUCCAGAGAGCCUCUUCAAUCUCCUUGCCUCUCUCACUGAACCUGACCUGCGCGGUGCCCUUUCCGCCUGUCUGCGUUACUCUACAUCCCACAUGGAUGGAAAUCUCGGUCCCAUUGCCACGCAUCUCACCCUGAAACCCUACUGCGUCACAGGUUCUUGUCCCAUCAAAGAAUUGCUUCCCUUGCUUAAGGUGUUGCCUUUCAAUGUGUUGCUAUGGCAACUCUUCUCGCCGUCCGCGCCUCAAACGACUGUUAAUAAACGACGGAAGUCUGACUCCGCUAAAUCCAAGAGCCUUUUAGAGAACAGUAAAGUUCAACAGAUAUUGUUUGUUGCUAUGGAGAAAAACGAAGGCAAAGCGUUUGGGUCCACAUUUAGGUUCAUUUUACUACUGAUGUCGCAACUUGUAAAAAGCUCACUCAAUCCAACCAUGAUGGCUACAGAAAGCACCCAUACGACUGCCAUUGAUCUGCUGUUUCGUUUACUGAAGGCCGUUAUCCAAAAGAGUCUAGAAAUUUCUGGAAAACUGCUCAAAGAUAAGGAUGAAAUGGAAAAUGACGUUGAAACCCCUGCAGAGGAUAUCGGGAAGGCAAAUGUCCAGGAGAAUCAGGAAACUGAUCAAGGAUUGGACGUCGGAUCACGUGAUAAGGCAUUCUCGUCACUGUCAUCAGAGAAUCAUGUACAAGACGUGCUGUCAUCGUUGCAUCAUCCUCUUCUGAUACGGUGUUUCUUAUCUCCUGAUGCGCCCGCAGUCAUGUCAGAACGCACAGCAGAGCUCAUUACAGUCACACAACAAAGCCUACCCACCCACCGUUGCAAGCACGUGAUUGCCCCUUUUAUGGUCAAACUCUGUGACGUCAUUAUUGACGAUUGCCUUCAGCCAUUGCUGAGCUCAGGUUCCCGCGUCUACCAAGCACUAGAACUAUUGCCUCGCUUCCACGCCUUUUGCGACAAGAUCAAGGUCUCGGCACUAGUCACCAGGCUGCUACAGUUGCCUAUAGAGACGCUCGUAACCAAAACCAGUGGAGACUUGGUGCCGAGUUUGUACUACCACUCGCUCCUGGCCCUUCUGAAUGCCGAAUGGGACGUGUUGAGUUCGAUUCUCACGACCUCAAACGUAGAGAAGCUUUUGGAACUCGUUAUUAUUGCACCGUGUGCUGACAUUGAUAGAAGAGUGUGUGGCAUCAUCUCUGGCUCGGCGCACUACGCGCUUCUAGCAAACACAGCGCUGCUUGACUUCUGCGUUGAUCAUCCGACAGAUGACAGGGUUGCCAUGGCAAGCACGCUUAUCCAAUCAAGUCCUUGUUUGCGGACGCAUUUCGAGCGCCGUUGCCUGGCAACCAGUAAGAAGGGCGGAAGUGGCGACAAAAGAGCGAUUCGAUUCAAGAAACUCGCCCUAAGGUUACUGCCCUUGGUUUGCGUCUACCUUCGCUGGUCAGCGGUUGUUGCCAAUCAACGCAAGAUACUGUCUUUCAAAGAUCCAGAGUCCGCCGUAUCAGGCCUGGUCGCUGUGUAUCUCCCUCAAUUAUGGCAAUGGCUGCACAAGGCAACAGAUGACAAGAAAAAUGAGGAGCACUGGAUUUCUUUGCUGGAAUCUCUAAUAAGACUUCAAGUCAUUGAUGAACCAGUCUUACGUGACCAGUUUGACCUGCUGGCGGAUCUCACACGUGGCCAGGCCUGGGUCCCAAACCAGCUCAAGGCAGCCAUUAUGCUGUACCAGGCCCUCUCGGACCAAUCUGAUAAUAGUCAACUGCUGACCAUGGAGUUUGUGGGCGCGGUCAUGGCUAACAUUUCUCGUCUUUUAUCAAGUAGUAUAGUAACUGAUAAUCUUCUUGAGGAAUCGUUCAACUUGCUGGUGGAAAUCCUGAACAAGGCCCAAGAACUCCCAAUUUCGCUUGACGUGAAGAUUUCUGACACACUCAAUGCUUUCGUGAAGGAUUCACUUCGGCACAAGUUCGAUGACGAAAUAGCAUUACGAUCCCUAGCCCUAUGCAUAAGACUGGGCCUCAUUAGCCAUGUCAAGAGCAUGACCACAUACGCUAUGCCGCUGACCUCGCUAUACCAACUUAUCUUGAGCCACUCGCUGUUUUUGGAUGUCAUGUUCGGGUCGACUACGCUCCUGAAAGAAUCGUUGUUGGACCUAUUGGUAGCGAUAGUGGAGCGAUCACCAGAGUCUUGUGAUCAAGCACAUCUAGCGGUUCUCUUCGCUUCCUACUCUGCCAGUCUUUCUAAAACAGAUCAACAGAUUAUUUACCUUCUCCAUUUGUACGAGAAAAGCGAAGUCUCUCUUACUCCGUACAGGCCUUACGUCUGGGGUAAGGCUGCUCUUGAUUACCAUAAGACAAGAAAAACCCAACCGGGUACCCUGUGGCAGCAGCCAAGUACUGGCGAAGUCAUGGAGUUGCUGGACGCACAGCAGACGUAUCGGUCAGCGGUCGACUUCCCCAUUGAUCGCAAACUGCAGCCACAAGUGCAGGACACUAUCAUCAACAAUGACAUCUACGACCCAUGCUUUCUUCUCCCUCUCUUUACGCACCUCUUCGCAUCAAACUCUGAAAUCGACGGCCGGAAAUUUAUAGAGUGUGGAGGCCUGGGCUUUACCUUAGCUGCAAUGUCUUCACGUGAUGAGCGCAUGCGCAGGGCCGCUGGCCAAGUGCUUAUGAGAUAUCUGGCUCAUGUUGAGGGGGCGGGAUUCCGUGAGAGAAAGCAGAUUCAGCUUCUACUAGAGUGCUUCAGAGACGGACUCACGGACGCAUGUGCACGUGUUCCCUGCGUGGUCACUAGGUUUGUGGCACGUGCUUCUCACGUGUUGCUGAGACCAGACCACUCGUUCUACAUGCUGAUCAACAGUUUCCUCUUAUCCCGUCCCGCCAUUGACCCGCGGGAGAUCCCGAUGUUUUACACACUUUUCAACUCGAGCAGUAUGCAGCAUCGCAACGAGCAAUCUUGGAUGCUUCAGCUCUUGGUAGAGGGAAUGCGUGACUCGCAAGACUAUUACAUCUACAAAAAGCGUCACGCAAUCGAGCUGGCCCUCAGCUUUCACGAUUCCCAGCUCAGUGACCAGCAGUCACGUGUGCUGGUUACCAGUCUCCUGUCGGCCAUCUUAGCAGUUCAAGUCGCAUCAUUUGAUUGUGCAAAGAAUUACGGGGUGGUCAGCUGGUUGAAUUGUCUCGCCCUCCAAAGCGGCCGUGAGAGUCUGGAAACCACACUUCACUUGCUUCAAACCAUGUGGGAAACGAUGCAAAAAGGGACACAGGGCGCAUGCACAGAAGGAAGUGACGCUGACCGGAAGACGCCGUACCCGCCACACUUUGCUGAAGAGAGCUUGCUAGUCUGCAAAACUCUGAUAGGAGGCUUUAGGUCUGGGGCGAGUGUCCAAAUCACGUGUUCACUGAUCCACCUUGUGCGUCUAGUACUAGGCCAUCUCAGCUUGUCUGGAACACAGGGAGCCCAUAUUUUAGAACUGGACGUCUUUGCUUUGGUGACCUUGUGGUGUCAGGCGUUCAACGUGGCGGACCCUAUUUAUGAUCUAGAGCAGGAAUAUGAGCUGCACUCUUUCGGCGACAAAGACAAACCGAUACCGAUAACGGAUGCGAAGCAGGCGAGCUUUAACGAGCUGGUCCGUAUACUAACUCUCUGGGAGCCAAUCUCUCACCAGAGUAAAUCAGUGCUCCAAUUAAGCGCGUUUGUAUUGCGCAACCUUGAGAUUCAUCCAUGUCCAAGCGUCGAUAUUCCCCUGUAUCAGGAACUGGUCACGUGGCUCAAAUGUCAACUCCGGCAUAGUCACGUGAUGAUAGAUGCUCUCUUGUCGUGUGAUGGUGACUAUUCUAUACGGUCACUACUGCGCAUGUACCAUUUUGCCACCACAGGGAGCCACUUUGAUCUGAUUAAUGAACUGAAUGCUGUAUUUGUGAUUCUGCUGAAACGUCUGCAAGGCAGACAUGAUGACGUCACACUUGGACAGAAUAAUUGUGAUGACUUCACACUUGGACAGAAUAGUUGUGAUGACGUCACACUUGGACAAAACAGUUGUGAUGACGUCACAAUUGGACAGAAUAGUUGUGGUGACGUCAAACUUGGACAGGUGGCUCGUGGCAUCAUAGCACUUCUGUCAAGUGGUGUGUACAAGCAGAUGUUAUCCUCUGGUUUUUUGAAUUUGUUAUCAUAUAAAGAUGCACCAAGGGACAACGAUAUCGCCACCGACCGGGCCAUGGUGGAGAUGAUAAGUGUUCUUCUGCAAGAGCUAUGGAUCAACCAAACUCUCCCACACCAGUUUCUCUCGCGGCUCCACCACCUUGAUAAGUGCAGCAAUGAGAGUGACUCAAUAUCCAAGCUCGUCCAUAGCCUAGGCGGCAAGGCCCAGAUAGAAACAUGGCUUGAAAUGUAACCCUUAGAUCUGAUGAGUAGAUCAGAGUAUGGCACCUUGACUCAGAUAGUAGAGAGGAAGAGUGGCCUGUCACCCCUGUCACCCUUCACAGCCGCAGCGCCUCCUCACCCAGAUUUUUAUACGAAAAGAGAAGGAAACGGCCAGUGGGGGGGGGGGGGGGGGGGGGGGGGGCUGUGUCAUUCACAGAUUUCUUUAUGUCUCUGUAUCAUAGCCCGGGUAAAAAUCUCCAUCAUUGCUGGCAGAAACAUGGCGAGACAAUUGUGGUCAAACAAAACUUCGCCACCUUUUUCCUUUUUCUCGUGGUCAACCGAGCGUUGUACUGCUUUGCUGGGUCUGCACACGACCACAGAACUGUUGCGCUCAUUUACAUAAGUCCCAUAGCCAGAAAAAGCCGUGUCCAAAUAAUGCUGUCAUCUCAAGGAAAUGUUACUGGAUUUAUAAAUAAAGGAAACCGCAAAAUUUUCGUAAAAAA